UGUGACCCUACCUGGGCGGGCGGGGGAGGGGCGCGCAGGUGAGGCGGUGGCCGGCUGGCGCCGAGCGACGCACGCGGCGGCCGCGGGGCUCCGGCAGCAUGUCCGUCGGCAGAAAGGACUGGUCCGCGCUGUCCAGCCUGGCCCGGCAGCGGACUCUGGAGGAUGAGGAGGAGCAGGAGCGCGAGCGCAGGCGGCGGCACCGCAGCCUGAGUUCUACCGCGGACGACGAGGCUCCCAGGCUCAGCCAGAACGGAGAGCGGCCGGGAGCUGCAAGGCUGCCGAGUGUGGAGGAAGCGGAGCUGCCUCAGUCCCCGCCCCCGGCCUCCAAGGAUGCGGACGAGGAUGUCCAGGCCGUCCUCAGGACCCGGCGGGAGCGGAGGCAGAGGCGGCAGGUGCUGGAGGCUGCCCAGGCCCCCGUCCGGGAGAAGCUGGAGGCGGAGGAGGGAGGGGACGGCGCGGGCCCUGGGCAGGCCACCCAGCAACCCCUGACGCCCAAGAAGGAAGCGGAGCCCCCACCUCGCCGGAGACUGAGCCGGGAGCAGCGGGGGCCCUGGGCCCUGGAGGAGGAGAGCGGGGUGAGCAGGGAGCCAGCAGGCAAGAAGAAAGGGGUCCCAGAGAAGACCCCAGUCCUGGGGAAAUCCUCUGUGCCAGAGAAGACAGCAGAAAAGAGACUGGUCUCGGAGACGGCACUGGCCGCAGGGGAAGCUCCCCCGUCGGGGAAGACAGCCGUGUCAGACAGGAGAGACGGCUCAGAGACGAAGCUGGUGCCAGAAAAAGCAAGCGUCUCAGAGAGCGCCCCGGCCCCCGAGAACCCACCCGCGUCGGGGAAGACAGCAGUGACAGAGAGACGGUCCAUCUCAGAGAAGAUGUCGCCCCCAGGGAAGGCGUCGGGCCCGGAGAGGAGACUGGUGUCUGCGAAAGCGUCCAUCUUUGAGAAGUCGCUGGUCUCAGAGAAAGGCCCAGCCGCAGACACCAAGCUGUCCCCAAAGAGGGCGGCAGCCUCAGAGCGGCCCCAGGCCCGGGAGCGGCCAGCCUCUGGGGGGAGCCCGGCCUCCACCAGGGAGCAGAGGGAAAGGACCCUCCCGGGGAAGAGCCCGCCUGCCUUGGCAGAGCAGGGGGUGUCGGACCCUCCGACGGUGGCUUCCCGCCUCCCGCCAAUCACACUCCAGGUGAAAAUCCCCAGCAAGGAAGAAGAGGCGGACUCGUCCUCACCCACCCAGCGCACCUACAGCAGCUCCCUCAAACGCUCCAGCUCCAGGACCAUCUCCUUUCGGAUGAGCCCCAAGAAAGACAGCUCCGAAACACCCUUGACCCGCAGUGCCAGCGUGAGGCUCCCGGCCAACACGGUGAAGCUGGGGGAGAAGCUGGAGCGCUACCACACAGCCAUACAGAGGUCGGCGUCCGUCAAGUGCCCGGGCUCCUCUCGCACUGAGUUCUUUGUGGCACCUGUGGGUGUGGCCAGCAAGCGCCACCUCUUUGAGAAGGAGCUGGCAGCCCAGAGCCGAGCGGAACCAGCCUCCAGCCACAAGGAGAACUUGAAGCUCUCAGGGGUUGUGACAUCCAGGCUCAACCUGUGGAUCAGCAGGACCCAGGACUCUGGAGAUCAGGACCCCCAGGAGGCACGGAGAGAGUCGGCAGCCGCCAACAGGACUCAGUGGGGCAGGAAACCAGACUCCCCGCUGGAUGCCGAGGUGUGACAAGCCCUGCCAAGACAGACCUGCCAAUCUGCAUCUCAGGGCCUUCCCAGGCCCCUGCCUCCCGCAGCACCGCCCUGCCUCUCCUGCCCCUGCUGCCUUCCUGCCCCUGGACCAGCCUGGCUGGGGCCCCUGGGGACAGGAAUAUCUGGGAGACUCAGCCAACUCCUUCCAGGCCCUGCCUCUAGGGACAGCGGUACCCUGGCACCCUGUCCUGCUGCAGAUGCUGGGACCCAAGCAUCAGCCCAGGGCCCAGCACUGGUGCAUGUCAGCAUGGUGGGGCCUCAGUGUCCUGUCCAGAGAUGUCUCUCCUCCCUGCUCACUUCCAGGGUCAGGGCAGGGCAUCUCAAGAAUUCUCCAGGGUCACCUGUCUCAUCCGCUGCCAGCAGGUGCCUUCAUGUGCCUGUGAUGUCUCCGUCGCUGAGCCCUGGCCCACCCGCCUUGGUCCCUGGGGCCUGCUCCCAACCCCUGAAGUCCUCUCAGGCCAGACUGAGAAGGUGCUGCCCUGUGCCUCCCACGUGCCUCUCCCUGCCUUGUCCCCUCCCCCUGCCCUGGCCGGGAGCUAAGUGCCUGUUCUGUGCAGCCACUUACCCUUUCUUUGAAACACCUGUUCUCAGGAAGGAUCUGAUAAACUCAUUCACUCUCA